UUAUAAAGGUCAAGCAUGUUUUAUUCCGGGUAAAUAUGGCCGAAACGGCUAUUUAAUAAUUGCUAGUGAAAAAUAUAUAGUAUAAAGUAUAAAUUUAUCAACAGUUUAGUGAUUUUUUAUUGAGUGCAUUGUAAAAAUAUGUUUCUGUAGUUUAUGUAGUUACAAAAGAAAUGGCCAGCCCGUCUCCACAAAGUAGUCCAAUGCCUCCACCUCAGGCGCCGAGUCCAAUGGGUCCACCUACUCAGAGCCCUGCCCCUCCUCCUUCACCACAUAGCCCCUAUCAAGGGGCACAUAUUAAUGGCCCUCCACCAUCUCAUGCAAUGGCUUCAGGUCCAUCUCCAAAUCAUCCUGGCUUAGUGUCAAUGCCUCCUACCUCCAUGCCUAGUCCUAAUCAGCAUGGCUUGUCUCAUGGGCCACCUGGUUCACAUUUGCCACCCCAAUCUCAUCCUGGCAUGCCUCCAAAUGGUCACCCACAUGUUCCCCAACCACAUCCUGGUAUGUCUCCGCAUGCUGGUCCACCAGGUCCUCAUGUGCAAAAUCAUCCUGGACCGCCACAUCCACCUCAUCCAGGACAUUUAGGUCCAUCACCACAGCAAAGCCAUCAUCCACAGAGUCAUAUGAGUCAUCCUGGUGGUCCUCAGGGUCACCCAGGGCCACAAAAUCAUCCCGGGGCUCCUCCAGUCCAUACAAUGGGUCAUCCUGGACCACAAGGACACCCUGGUGGUCCACCGGUUCAUCCUGGUGCUAAUCAGAGUCAUCCUGGGCCACCUCAAGGGCACCCAGGAGGGCCCCAGGGACAUCCUGGCCCACAAAAUCAUCCUGGGGGUCCCCAAGGCCACCCUGGUGUACCCCAAGGACAUCCUGGACUCCCACAAGGACAUUCUGUUGGACCACACGGGCAUCCUGGUGGUCCACAAGGACAUCUUGCACCUCAAGGCCAUCCCGGUGCUCCACCGGGACACCCGGGUCCUCCGACCGUACAAGGACAUCCAGGUGGACCUCAAGGACAUCCAGGUGGACCUCAAGUUCAUCCUGGCGGACCUCAAGUACAUCCUGGUGUACCUCAAGGACAUCCCGGUGGACCUCAAGGACAUCCUGGAGGCCCCCAAAGUCACCCGGGUGGUCCCCAGAGUCACUCCAGCGGUCCCCAGGGUCAUCCAGGUGGUCCCCAGAGUCAUACUGGCGGUCCUCAGGGUCAUCCGGGUGGGCCACAAAGUCAUCCUGGUGGUCCUCACGGUCAUCCCGGACAUCCAGGUGUUCCACAAAGUCAUGUGGGUGGUCCGCAAGGCCACCCUCCUGGUCCUCAAGGCCAUUCUGCCCCUCAAAAUCAUCCUGGCGGACCGCAAGGUCAUCCCGGAGCCCCUUCCUCUCAUCCGAUACUGCAAGGUGGUGGAGCUCAACCACAUGUGCAACAAGGACAAACCAUGCAUCAACCCCAUGGUGGGCCACCAACAGGAUCUCAACAACCGCAUAUGGGGCCGCAAGGCAGUCAUCCUGGCAUGCAACCAAAUGCUCCUCAUGGUAUGCCACAAGGACAUGGAAUGCAACCUGGUCAACCAUAUUCUGGUCAUGCUAUGCAACAUCAACCACCACAAUCACAGAAUCCAGCUUCUUCCCCUGGUCCCGGUCCACAAGCCCCACCACCCCAACCACCAUCAGGGCCGCCUGGUCCAAUGGUGGGACAACCGGGACAAGGCCAGGAAAACUUAAGUGCAUUACAAAGAGCUAUUGAUUCAAUGGAAGAAAAAGGGAUGCAAGAAGAUCCGCGGUAUUCGCAACUUCUUUCUUUAAGAGCUCGUACCAACGGUAAUAACGCCACCCUUAGUCAGAUCCAGAUGGUUCAACUGAGGGCGCAAAUAAUGGCGUAUCGGAUGUUGGCUCGCAAUCAGCCAAUCCCUCAACAGAUGGCGAUGGCAGUGCAAGGGAAACGACCUGACGGAUCUCCCCAAUGUCCCACUCCCCCUCCAUCAAGUCCUUAUCAACCUUCUAGCGGACCACCUCCUCCCACCGGCCCAGGACCACAGGCGGGUCCUCCUCAACCUCCCCCUCCAACGAGCGAAACUGCUAACGAGCCUCCCCCUUCGCAGCCCGAAAAUGGGCCGCCACCGCCUCCGCCGCAACAAUCAAUGCGACCUCCGGGUCCGCCAGGGCCUCCUCAACCCCCCAUUAGCGGCCCUCCACCCGUGCCCAUGCCUCCACAACAUCAGCCCCAGCCUGUGGGAAUGAAACCUGGCCAACCUCCUAUACCGCCCCCUACACAAGGUAUUCGUCCUGGAGGGCCUGCAUCUCUUCAACAGGGACAACAGCAACAGCAGCAGCAGCAACAACCUCAACCGCAACCGAAACAAAAUCGGGUUACAACUUUAGCUAAACCUGUUGGUAUAGAUCCCCUUGUUAUUUUGCAAGAACGAGAAAAUAGGGUCGCAGCACGUAUUGCAGCUAGAAUGGAACAACUUCAAAGUUUGCCAACUAACAUGUCAGAUGAUCUAAGAAUGAAAGCCCAGAUUGAGCUAAGAGCUUUGAGAUGUUUAAAUUUCCAAAGGCAACUUAGGACAGAAAUUAUAGCUUGUACUCGACGUGAUACAACUCUAGAAACUGCUGUUAAUCUAAAGGCAUAUAAACGUACAAAGAGACAAGGUUUACGUGAAGCUCGUGCUACCGAGAAGCUAGAAAAACAACAAAAACUAGACGCCGAACGAAAGCGCAGACAAAAACAUCAAGAAUUUCUCACAUGCGUCCUUCAACAUGGAAAAGAUUUUAAGGAAUUUCAUCGUAAUAAUUUGGCAAAACUUGCGCGUAUUAAUAAGGCAAUUAUGAACUAUCACGCAAAUGCAGAAAGGGAACAAAAGAAAGAACAAGAACGAAUAGAAAAGGAACGUAUGCGAAGAUUGAUGGCUGAAGAUGAAGAGGGAUAUCGAAAACUUAUUGAUCAGAAGAAAGAUAAACGACUUGCAUUCUUAUUAUCUCAAACUGAUGAGUACAUUGCUAAUCUCACAGAGAUGGUUAAACAGCAUAAGGUGGAACAAAAACGUAAACAGCAAGAGGAAGAAAGACGUAAACGAAAAAGGAAAAAGAGGCUAACAGCUGACGGACUCCCUGUUGACGAUGACGAUUGCUCUCAAGAAUCGGACCGACCCAUUACGGUAAUAGAAUCUAACACAGGAAAAACACUAGCUGGUGAAGAAGCACCUACGUUGAAUAACUUAAAGGAAUGGUUAGAGCAACAUCCGGGAUGGGAAGUUGCAGACUCCGAAUAUGAAGAAUCUGAUGACGAGAACGAUUUGGCUCCUAACCAUAGGAGGAAGCAUGGUGGCGAAGGGAGUAGAACGGAAGAAGAAAAGGCCCACGAAGUCAUUAAGAAAGCAAAAACUGAAGAUGACGAAUACAAAAAUAGUAGUGAAGAGCAAACAUAUUAUAGCAUAGCUCAUACUGUACAUGAAAUUGUAACCGAACAAGCAAGUAUUAUGGUAAACGGUAAACUCAAAGAGUACCAGACCAAAGGUCUAGAGUGGCUUGUAUCGUUGUAUAAUAAUAACCUGAAUGGUAUAUUGGCAGAUGAAAUGGGCCUUGGAAAGACUAUUCAAACUAUAGCUUUAAUUACUUAUUUAAUGGAGAAGAAAAAGGUAAAUGGUCCCUAUUUGAUCAUUGUUCCUUUAUCUACACUCUCAAAUUGGGUAUUAGAAUUUGAAAAAUGGGCUCCUUCUGUAGUCGUCGUUUCUUAUAAAGGUUCUCCAAUUGGUCGUCGUGCAAUUCAAAGCCAAAUGCGUUCAACCAAAUUUAACGUACUUCUCACCACCUACGAAUAUAUUAUUAAAGAUAAAGGUGUUUUAGCAAAAUUACCCUGGAAGUAUAUGAUAAUCGACGAAGGUCACAGAAUGAAGAACCAUCACUGUAAGUUGACUCAGGUUCUGAACACUCAUUAUCUUGCCCCCCAUCGACUUCUGUUGACAGGAACGCCUCUUCAGAAUAAACUCCCUGAACUGUGGGCAUUACUUAACUUCUUGUUGCCAUCAAUUUUCAAAAGUUGUUCGACUUUUGAACAAUGGUUUAACGCCCCUUUCGCCACAACAGGUGAAAAAGUUGAAUUAAACGAAGAAGAAACGAUUUUGAUUAUUCGUCGUUUGCACAAAGUUUUGAGACCUUUCUUACUGAGAAGAUUGAAAAAGGAGGUGGAAUCACAAUUACCUGAUAAGGUAGAGUACAUCAUUAAAUGCGAUAUGUCCGGUUUACAGAAAGUAUUGUACAAGCACAUGCAGAGCAAGGGCGUGCUUCUUACUGACGGCUCUGAGAAGGGUAACAAAGGAAAAGGGGGUGCUAAAGCUUUGAUGAAUACAAUUGUCCAACUGCGAAAACUGUGUAAUCAUCCGUUUAUGUUCCAACACAUCGAGGAAAAAUACUGUGAUCACGUUGGAAUGGCAGGAGGGGUUAUUUCUGGUCCGGACAUCUUUAGAGCGUCUGGUAAAUUCGAACUUUUGGAUCGAAUUCUUCCUAAGUUAAAGGCUACCAAUCAUCGCGUCCUACUCUUUUGUCAAAUGACGCAACUCAUGACAAUUAUGGAAGAUUAUUUGAGCUGGAGGGGAUUUGGUUAUUUGCGUCUUGAUGGAACAACCAAAGCUGAAGAUCGCGGCGAUCUGUUAAAGAAGUUCAACUGCAAAAAUAGCGAAUAUUUCAUCUUUUUGCUGUCAACGAGGGCAGGUGGUUUAGGAUUGAAUUUGCAAAGUGCUGAUACCGUAAUAAUUUUCGAUUCUGAUUGGAAUCCGCAUCAGGAUCUGCAGGCUCAGGAUCGGGCCCAUCGUAUUGGUCAACAGAACGAGGUGCGGGUACUUCGGUUGAUGACUGUUAAUUCUGUAGAAGAGAGAAUUCUUGCAGCGGCCAGGUAUAAGUUAAACAUGGACGAAAAGGUUAUUCAGGCAGGAAUGUUUGAUCAGAAGUCAACAGGAUCUGAAAGGCAACAGUUUUUGCAGAGUAUUCUGCAUCAGGACGGUGACGACGAGGAGGAAGAGAACGAAGUUCCUGAUGAUGAGACAAUCAAUCAGAUGAUAGCACGUAUCGAAGACGAAUUCGAACUCUUUCAGAAGAUGGACCUCGAAAGAAGACGUGAAGAAGCUAAGCUCGGCGCCGCUAGAAAAUCUCGAUUGAUUGAAGUGAGUGAAUUGCCAGAUUGGCUUGUCAAAGAUGAAGAUGAAGUAGAACGGUGGAGCUAUGAGGAUCCUGACGACAGUCUUUUAGGACGAGGAACAAGACAGAGAAAAGAAGUCGAUUACACUGACAGUCUUACAGAGAAAGAGUGGCUUAAAGCUAUUGAUGACGGCGGAGACUAUGAUGACGAAGAAGAGGAAGAAGAGAAAAUUAGAAAGAAAAAGGGACGUAAAAGAAGGAAAAAAGGCGAUGACUCGGACAAUGAAGCAGGUCCUAGCUCAAAGAGGAGAAGGGGUCAAACAGGAAACGAUACUAAGCUUAAAAAGCAAAUGCGAAAAUUAAUGAAUAUUGUUAUUAAAUAUACAGAUAGUGAUGGUCGUCUUCUAAGCGAGCCCUUCAUGAAACUUCCGCCACGGAAAGAUUAUCCAGACUACUACGAAAUUAUUAAAAAACCGAUAGAUAUUGGUAAAAUCUUGAACCGAAUAGAAGAAGGAAAAUAUUGGGAUUUUGGUGACUUAGAGAAAGACUUUAUGCUAUUGUGUCAGAAUGCGCAGACUUACAAUGAAGAGGCUUCAGUUAUUCAUGAAGACAGUAUCGUCUUACAAUCAGUUUUUACAAAUGCUCGUCAGAGACUCGAGGUAGAUGGCGAGUCGGAGGCCGAAGACAAAGAGGAUGGUAACAGAUCUGACACGGACUCCACGGUCAAGAUGAAAAUAAAAUUGGGCAAAAACAAGCGUAAUACGCCAGGUAGACGUAAAAGGACCACUAAAAGGUAUGUGUCUGACGAUGACGAUGACGACGACGAUUAAAGAUGAUUCAGAAUGGAAGUUGUUUCUUCUUCAGUGAAUUAGUAUUGGAUGUUUUUUCAGUUCUGUUGGUGUUUAAAGCAUUGCAUUUUCAGUUUAGUUUCGAAUUUUAAAACAAUGGGUAGAUGUGUCUUCAAAGAUGAAUUUGAAUUUAAUUGUAUGUAACUAAGAUUAAAAAAAAAGGAUGAGUUGUACUCUAGGUAGAAUAAAGUCUAGUUGAUAACGACA